CUCCUAGCAAAUAGAUGGAGCUGAUGUGACCCGCGCCGGUUAAAAGCAGUAAAAUAUGGACAAUUUCGCAGACUCAGUGUUUGGUACCCUGAAAAAAAUCAAGACUUCCUUCGGGAUCCCUGAUUCAGAUGGAGAAGAUGAGGAGAAGAAAGUGAAGACAGAUGGAGCAGAGGAGAAGGAACAUCAUACUCAUAGGCACAAGACUCCGGCUGGAAGGGGAAAGAGACAUAGUAGAGAAAAUGUACUCAAUCCAUCCAGUGCAAAUGAAGCACCUAAAAAGAAAAAUAUUACUUACGAAACCGAUAGCCAAGGAAAGGACGGCACAUUGCUCGCAAUCGCAAGGCACAAGCCUGACGGACCAAACUCAGAAACUGGAAAAAGAACGCGGUCAAUGAGGCUGGCAAACAGCAUGAACAGUGUUUAUCGCAAACUCAGAAACGACAAGAACAUUCACAACGAUCGGCAUUACCUUGUAGCAGUCACCGAACAUCUCAAGGAGGACGCUCCGGAUAACAGCGGCCAGAAGUAAAAACGUAUAAAGAUUGGUCCUGGACCAGUUCAACAGAAUCUAACUACACGUUCCGCCAGGAUCGUGCUUUCUUACUUUCAGAGAUUGGGCUCCUAUUGAGUUCCAUAAUCAAGAUGCAAUUAUUCCAUCGGGUCAACCUGAUUUAUAUCCUUGCUUGAAAUCCUUGUUUUAACUUGAGAUGGGUUUGUCACUUAAUCAUGUUUUUUAAAUUACUAUACUCAAUUAGGUUCGACGUUAUGUAUAAUAUCUCUUUAAAGCUAGAUUUAUUGAUUCAUAGUGCUUACAGCUUUGUGAUUAUAUUUGUGACUUUCAUAAACGAUGACUGAGAAUUAUUUAGGGAAAUUAAAACACUGAUUUAACAUUGAUUUAACAUUGUGCCGGAUUAGUCUAAUAUUAUGCCGUAUUGAUGACAGCGACUAGCCUAUCGUGUAGGUUUUUAAUCAAAGAUUUUGAACUGGAUGUUAAUCUGGUAUCAGAAAUUGUAUUUUUCAUUUCUUACUUAUAAAUAAACAUAAAAUAAAUAUUCAGUAUAUAGUAAUCCUCAUAUUUUACACAGAACAUUUUAGAUUAUCAAAGAUAGGUGACAAAUUGCACAAGAUCUGACAUUUAAAUCUUGCUAAAAUUUUAUUUGGGAUCAAUUUUGUUGAAACUUAAUGUUUUUGAGUGAAUUCUAAUUCCAAAAACAGCCA